UAUAUAUAUCCAUACACACAUACAUGCACCAGUGUAGAUAGACGUAGAGUUUAGCAAGGAGCAAAUUUCUACAACCUGAUAUAAAAAUAAAAUAAUUGUUGAAUUUUUAUAAGUAAAAAUGGUAGCCAUGUGUAUCAAAAUUUAAUUGUUAGCUAAUACUUAAGCAAAUAAAAAUCUCAAAUCAAUGGAAAUUUCAUAAUUUACAUGCUUAUUUUACUGAUAGAAAAAAAGGCUUGGCACAAGAAUAGAGGCAAGGCAAUGGGAAUUAUCAAAUUAAAACAAGUAUCAAUCUGUUAUAAGUAAAUAUAAUAACUAAAACAGAUGAGCUUAGAGUAAAUGAUGCCGAUUGUGAAACAAUGAGGUACUCUGCAGUGCAAGAAGAUGGCUAUGGAGUUGGAUUAAGGCAGGAUAUACAGCCAAAUAACAACAACAACAAUAUUAGUAAUAAUAAUGUAGAUGAUAGUAUGAUGGCAGCCACUGGUGAAGUUGAACCAGUCGGCGAGAGUACUGCAGAUGAAUGUUCUAUGGUUUAUAAUCUGCCUUUACUUUUCGCAAAUGGCUACCCUACUUCAUUAGAAAAAAUAACAUUGCCACAGCUGGAGAAGUUCAUUACCUUUAUGACAAGAUGUUCAUUGGGUAAUAAUACCACUCAGGUAUUCAAUAAACCUGCGUGGUGGCCAACAGAAGUGGAAUUUUCAAUUCCCUUAGUGCGACCUAAGAAAUCUGGAGAUAGUUGGAUGCGAUGUUUAAGAAGAGUUGUAUUACAAUGUUAUUCUUUCCAUCAAAGCGAAUACUUGCUUCGUUUUUGCACAUAUCUCGCGCAAUAUCCGCAAGCGAAGCUUUACUAUGUCAACAACUGGGACUCGACGACCAGUCUCUACCACAAGAGUACUGGCAAGUUGUUGGCGACAUUCCGAAAUGAGAAUAUGGACUAUGAUAAAGUUAUUGAACCACAUAGGAAAUCGUUGCUACCAAUAAACAAUGCCAAUUCCAACUCUCAAGCGAAACAUAAAAAGACGCAGCAGAGGAACCACCGUCAAUCGCCGUCCUCCCUGGUUCGCAUCCAGCCACAAAUGGAAGAGAUCUAUUUGUGUGACAAUUGUGACGCAGAGUUCCUGGAUUUAAAACAGAUGAAGGAUCAUGAAAAAUCAUGUGGGGAGACAGUUAAGACAGUACACCAGGAAACCAGUACCUGCUGGCGGCCAAUAACUCCUGAAGUUGAAGCUGAACCUGACUUAACUCAGAAUCAAUUUAUGGAGUACUUUCAUUUAUCAACACCCAAUCAACAACCACCAAAAACAACCACCGAUCCAUCAUCGAUUCCAGCCAUAAAUAUCGAGACUGAGCCAUCUAGAAGUUCACGGCGUAUGAAACCAUCCGCCAACCUGUGUCGUUCAUCAACGAUUCCUUUUUCCUCGCCAGCGGGUCUAGCUUUGGUUAAAAAAUCCAAAGGAAUGAAUGAGGCUACUAAACGUGAUCGUGUUGAUAGGAUAGAGUGGCACUUGAGUGCCCCAGCACUCACUAAAACUAAUAGACCUAAGUGGUUUGGUAAAUUUUCGUCAUCUGGUAGGUGGGUUGUUACUUAUAAACCCAAUACCAGUAAAGAAAAUCCACCAACUGAUGAUUAUGUUCAUCAGUAUACAUUUGGCGCAGUUAGACGUAAGCCUUCACUGGAUGUACGUUCGCAAAUUCUUUACAUAGCCUGUGGUUCUCCAUUUGUUAAGUUGAAUCGACUUACUGAUGAACAACUCCAAGAUUUAAAGGAACAUCCGUGGAAAUACCAACCUCCGAUACGGAAAAUUCGACAUAGAAUACGACCACGAUUAAUAAUGAGAAUAAGUGGAAAGUCGACUGGACAAAAACGACAAUACUCGAGUAGAUUAACAGAAGUAAUGCCAAUUAUAGAACAAGAACCGGAAAUAAAUCAAAUAAAAACAGGGAGUCUAAAGCGUGGAUAUACACCUAAUUUCCGUUCACGGCCGUCAGUGGUGCCAAUUUCAAGGAUUCCAUCAUCGACGCCAACGAUAAAAGAGCCGUUUAAAAAGACGAUAGUCAUAGUGGAUCUUUGCUCUUCAGAUGAAGAAGAAAUUCCCAGUAAUUGUGUGAUAUUGUCAGAUGAAAAUCGUGACCCGCUUAACAGUACAUUUGAAAAUGUUCGUAUGAGUAAUAGUUUUAGUAAAAAUCUCGGUUUACAACCGAUGAACGAUAGAUUGCGAGAUAGUAUUCUCACUGACGACAACGACAAAAGCUGUAAUAAACGCCUGGCUAAUGGUGUAAUCGAUGCUUUUUCACCGAUUCUAAAACCAACACCUUGAAUCAUCGGCUAUCAAAUAAUCAAUUGAAUUGAAUUUGAUUGACAUUGAGGCAAAAUUAAAGUUAAAGAUUACUACCAUGAACCGGUAACAUACACAUUCUCAUCUUAUUUCUAUAGGCGUGUGUUAAGUUUAAGUAUUUUUAUAUAUACCUAUAUCACGUCAAUUUUGUUGUACAAAUUAAGAUGAUUAGUGGGCCAAAUAAAUGGAAAAAUAUCUGUAAUGGCAUUAAAUGUAUGAAUUUUGUCAAAUAAUGUCGAUCGAUAUAAAAAAGAAUAUAGACUGUUUCGUUUGGUAUAUAUAUAUUUAUAUUUUUAAUCAAAUAAAAUUUUUUUUUUAUGUUUAAAAUUACUCUGUAUUGAAAAAUAAAGUAUCUGACUAAGACAACUAACGUGAACGAACUACAAAAAAAAAAACUUUUCAUAAAAUAAAAAGUUACGU